AUGAGCGACGACGACCUUGUUCUGGUGCGGCGAAUUGAGAAGGCGGCGGGGUCAACAAAUGAUAGCAGGUACAGCACGUGGGCGCAGAGCGACUUGGAGAAGCAGAUGUUCUCGUGGUCACUUCAGGAAGUGCUCAACAGGAACCUCUUCAAGAAAAAGGCGAGUCGUUCCAGCGAACCUGUUAAGAAAGUACCGAGCACUUUUACAUCUCUAAAGGAGUACAUGGGCUCAUUCACCGUACCACUGAUAGAAGAAACUCGUGCCGAUCUCUCUUCGGCGCUGGAGGGCAUCAAGCACGCACCAGCAACUGAAUUUGUCCGGAUCGAGGGACUUUCUUCAGAUUCAGAGCAGUCGAUUUUCAGCAUCCUGGUGAAGAAGGCUGACCCCAAAAUAAAUCCGGGGGAAGUUUAUGCCCUGAAGGACGCCGAUGUACUAUUGCUGACGGAUCAGAAGCCGAAGCAUAUCUCGCAAUUGGGUAGUAGCAAGGUGCGUUAUGUGAUCGCCUCAGUGUUGAAGGCCGAGGACGCGAACGGCAGAGCCAUAGUAAGGCUGUCAGGUAGGCCUGUCCAUGAACGCGGCGGGAGAGGAGAGUUCGUAUUGCCUCUUGUCGCGGUGUUCCUGAUCAACAUGACGACUUACAAUCGUAUAUGGAAUGCACUGGAUGUGGAGGUUGCUUGUCACAGGAACACUAGCAUCAUUGCGAAGAUUGUAAAUUAUGCUCCGAGGACAGAGAACUUGACGUUGAAAAUUUCAAGCUCAACGGGUCCCAACGGAGGGCAGUACUCGACUGUCUCAUCAAUGGAGCAGCCAGAUACGUGUCAGGUGCGUCUGAUAUGGGGUCCUCCAGGGACAGGGAAGACGAAGACCAUCAGCACUCUACUAUGGUCCAUGAUGGUCAAGAACCACAGAACACUGACCUGUGCUCCGACCAACACUGCGGUCGUGGAGGUCGCGUCUCGGGUCCUCAGCCUCGUCGAGGAUUCCUGUGGCGGCAGCAGUGGGAAGAAAUGCUUUUUGAGCGAUGUUGUGUUGUUCGGCAACGAGGAUCGGAUGAACGUGGAUCAGAGCCCCGGGAAGAUUUUCUUGGAGAAGCGCGUUCGCCGUCUCCAAAAGUGCUUGAUGCCAGGUGCAGGGUGGACAAACUGCUUGAGUUCCAUGGUACGAAUUCUCGAGGAACCUUUGCCUCAGUACGAUUCGUAUGUUCAGCAGAUCGAAAGGGAGAUCGAGGAACUUGCUAGGCAGGAAAAGGAGGAACGUGCUAAGAAGGAUAAGAACAAAAUGGUGGAGGCAAAGGAGGAUCUUGCUAAAAAGAAGAGAAUUCAGAAAAUGUCAUUCAAGGACGACUUCCUAAGUCACUACAAGGAAGUCGAGAGUAGUCUGGCUAACUGCAUCGAGAUUUUCUGCAAUGAUCUCCCUAGAUCUGCAACAGCUGGACAGAAUUUCCGUUACAUGACCGAGGUUCUGCGCUUGCUUAAAGAGUUUGGGAGACUAGCGCAGCAUGAGCCAGACAAGCAGCUGGAAACACUGUUCAGAAUCAGAGACACAGAUGGAGAAACCAGCUGUUUGUUUCGGAGUCUCGUGGUAUAUGUGCAAGACAGCGUGCGUACAGAGCUUAAGCAGGCCAGAUCCCUCGGCAUCGAGAGGUUAAAUGACCUGUCCAACAACUUUGAUCUUCCAGAGGUUUAUGAAAAGCGGUCGAUCGAGGAUUUCUUGCUGAGGAGCUGCAAAAGCGUACUCUGCACUGCGUCGAGCUCAUCUCGUCUGCACUACCUGCAAAAGGCCGAGCCGUUCGACCUCCUUGUCGUCGACGAGGCAGCGCAGCUGAAGGAGUGCGAGUCGCUGUUGCCUUUGCAGAUUCCUGGCAUCCGUCUCGCUGUUCUCGUCGGAGACGAGUACCAGCUACCGGCUCUUGUGAAAAGCAAGGUCUGUGAGGACGCCUGCUUCGGUAGGAGCCUCUUCGAGAGGCUGAGUUCACUGGGGCACCCAAAGCACCUGCUAGACGUGCAGUACAGGAUGCACCCGGGGAUAAGCAAGUUCCCGGUGUCGAGCUUCUACGAGAGCAGGAUCACCGAUGGCGAGAACGUCCUGAAAAGAGACUACGAGAGGAAGCACCUUACGGGCCCAAUGUACGGGUCCUACUCGUUCAUCAACAUCGAGGGUGGAAAGGAGAGCACCGGCAAGUUCGACAAGAGCCUCGUCAACACCAUCGAGGUGGCCGCGGUGACCCGGAUCGUGCAAAGAUUGUUCAAAGAGUGUAUGGAGACAAGGAGGAAGCUCAGCGUGGGCGUGGUGUCGCCGUACAAGGGCCAGGUGCGCGCCAUCCAGGAGAAGCUCGGCAAAACGUACGAGGUGCGCCCCGGGGAGUUCUCCGUGAAGGUCCGGUCCGUGGACGGGUUCCAGGGCGCCGAGGAGGACAUCAUCAUCAUCUCCACCGUGCGGAGCAACGCCGCCGGGUCCGUCGGCUUCCUCAACAACGUGAACCGCACCAACGUCGCGCUGACGAGGGCCAAGCACUGCCUCUGGAUCCUAGGCAACGCGACUACAUUGGUGAGCAGCAAGACGAUCUGGCAGAAGAUUGUGGCGGAUGCGAAGGACAGAGGCUGCUUCUUCAACGCCAACGACGACAACGACCUCUCGCGCGCUAUCAUCAAGGCCGUCAUCGAGCUGGAUGAAGUAGAGAAUGUGCUCAAUAUGGAAAUGGGUGCCCUCCGUAUAGGCGGCGGGUCACGCUCUGGGAAAUCCAGGGCGAGGUACACAUGAAAAUCUCGAUGGAGUUGGAUGCUGCCGACCGCCGACAUG